GCAGUGUGGUUUGCAAUUCGGUGGAGGAGCGAGUGCGAGUGCGUCGCGGUAGCCGCGCGAGCAAAGGAUGGCCUCUCGGACGUCAGGCGGCCGCGCCAAAGGCCAGCGGCGGCCGCGGAGCAUGGUCGAAGACGACGACACGUCCUCCAACGAGUUGUCGCUCAAGCUACGUCGCGGCUCGAGCGACUCCCGCGACUCCUUCUACAUGGACUUUGACCAGGGCAUCGACUCGGACAUCGAGCAGAUGGCCUCGUCGGCGGUGACCGGCGGCCUGGCCGGCGCCGCCACCGCCGGCCUCGUCGUCGUGGUCGGCGCCGAACUCGAGGCGGCCGUUUCGUCGGCGCGACCGGCUUCAAUCUGCUCGUCCACCGGCUCCAGACCCUCCAGCGUAGUCCACGUCGUCUCGCACCAAAAGUCCAGUUGGAGCGGCAAUCUUCAGCCUGGCGAAGCGCUUUUGCUGCCUUCGCCGGUGAGUCCCACCGUGGUGCUGGUGCCCAACGAUGGUCCCCCACGACAAACUAGUCCCAUUAGCUCGAAUGACGCCCAGACUCGGACGCACUCGAGGGCCCACUCGGGGGUGCCGUCCGUCUACUCGCACCACGACACAGAGCACGGCACCAGCUCGUCCCACCAGCACCUCAUAGUCCAACAGAGACCUGGCUCUAACAUGGGCCUGCGAAUAGUGCCAGCCGGUCAGCUACCGCAGGUGGUGUAUCAGCAGCAAACCCCAGGACACCCACCGUACCCCCAUCACCACCCAACCCUUUGCACGCGUUCGGUGCAAUCGCUCUCCAAGGACACGAAUCAAGGAAGCGCCACUGACGCAUUGACUACAACCCUUUCAGCCCUGUACGGCAAACUCCUAGUGGUCAUGGGCAUCGCUUUUCCCAUGGCCGAAGUCAUUUCAACUUAUGUGCCACCCUCGUUCUACGAGGGGUUCUACCUCUACCUCUACUUCGGCAGCAUGUUGUUCCUGCUGUGCAUGUACGCGACGGUGCUGCGACCGAAGCCAUCUGCUGCAGCGACCAAGAAGUCAAAAAGAAGAGAAAGGAAAGCGUCCGGAUCUGACUCGCCUCAGUCUGACACCGAAGGCGGAAGUUCAGUCGGCAGUUCCUCCAGUUCGGCGUCGACACCCACCAAUGUUGAAGAAACGUCAAACAAAGCUGGCAGUAGCAAGGGCAAGAAGCCCACGACUGAAAUUAGCGCGUACACGACUAUUCGUCAGCCACACUACGGCAGUUUUUACCUACGAAUGGGCGCAGUUGCUUUCGGCAUCGGCAGCAUGAUUUACUCUGGACUGGAGUUCGGGCAGUAUUUCGAGCUGGAGCGCAACACCAAGUGCCACAACGUGCUGCUCGCCCUCACACCCGCCACCAGAAUGGCUUUCAUCUUCAUCCAGAUGUACUUUAUCUUCCUCAACAACGAGAUGAGGGUGUACAGAUCUCGAUUGAUCGCGAGGUUCGGCUUGAUGCACAUGAUUGGCACCAACUUGUCUGUGUGGCUGAACGUGCUGAUCCAAGAGACCAAGCACGAAAUCCUGCUGUUCUACAAUCCCGAAAAUAAAACACUCGCCCUCAAUGCGCACCCCAAGCAGCAGCACAAAGCCCUUCUGCACAGGGUUGCCCGAGGUCUGAAGGGUCCGCACCACAUUUACGAGUGCCGGCGGACGAACAUCAUGGGCUCGUUGGUGCAGGACGCGAGUCCCUUCCUGUUCCCGUGCACCAUCGAGUACAGCCUGAUCUGCGCCGCCAUCCUCUACGUCAUGUGGAAGAACAUCGGGGUGCGGCCGGACCGGGUGGGCGGCCAGCAGGAGGCCACGCAGCACAUCCACCUUUCGCACACGGGCAGCAUCAAACGCUCGCCGCACCACUACUCGGUGGACUGCGCCCGCGCCCACAAGGGACUCUUCGUCGGCAUCCUCGCCCUGGUGCUCACCAUCAUCUCGCUCAUCUUGUUCUUCGUCCUCAUCAGCAGACCAGAACUCAAGGCCCUCGCCGUCAUGGAGGUCAACAUUUGCGAACUCACGCUCUACUUCUCGGCAACCGUCGCCACCCUGUUAGGAAUGUUGCAGAUCCGGGAGCUCCGUUACGACGGCAGCCGCAACCUGGAGUUGGACAACAUUCUGCUGAUUGCCGCGCAGACGGGCAUGUUCAUCUACUCGACGUUCACGGUGAUCGGCGGCCACUUCACCAUGGAGAAAAACACCGCCCUGGUGCUGAUCACGGCGAUAGCCUCCCUUGCGCAGACCACGUGCCAGACCAUGUUCAUCCUGGACGCGUCUCGGCGCAGCUGCUCGUCGGCGCGGCAAAUCCGACGCAAGCCCGGCCGACAACUGGUCACCUUCCUGCUGGUGGCCAAUCUGGCCAUGUGGGCCGUCAACACGCUGGAGAAGUCGAGGGCCGAGUCGCACCCCGUGCAACUCCACUUCUACGGCCUCUGGGCUUGGACCAUCAUCACGCACGUCAGCAUGCCGCUGGCCAUCUUUUACCGCUUCCACUCGACCGUUUGUCUCUUCGACAUCUGGAAACGCGCGUACAAGCUUAAGCCUGUUUAUAUGUAAAUCCCAUCAGAUUAUUAAUUUAAUUUAUGCAGAAAUAUCACAAUUCAAUAAGGAUGUGUGGAAAUUUCAAGCAGGCUGCAAGUAUUUAAAAGAUAUAAAGAUACAAUAAGAUAAAAUAUAUUUUUUUCCUUUUUUUUUGCAGUCUUUUAAAUAUUUCAAAUAUUUGAAAAUCGAAACCAAACUGUUUUUAAAUUAUUUUUAGUGUUUUUUUUUUAUAUUUAAUUGAUUUCACAUCUGGCCUGCUUAGGAUUCUGAAUGUCCACCAAUAUAGAAACCAAAAAUAUUUAUCUCUGCAUAUCUCUCCCCUUUAGGAUCUCCAUGAACCAUAGCCUUAUUCUUUUCUACUCUCAUAUAUUUUAAAAGAACUUUUUGAUAUGACUUUUACAAAGCAAAAAAUACAAACCUCUCGCCAAUAUUUUUUAUAUCCCGAAUAUUUUGAGGUAUAGAACGCAGACAAAAUGAACAAAUCCGACUGACCCAGAGCUUAAUUGAUGCAGCACUCGUUUCAAUUUCAUUUCAUUCCUUCCAAAAGCACUUCUUCUUUCACAUUUCACACAAGGGUUAAAAACCCAGCACGCAUUCAAUUUUUUUUCCUAAAAAGCGCACAUACACAGCAGAGAGAAAGAGAGGAAAUGAAAUUUUGGUAGGUUUCCAUCCACACACAUACUGCUCUGCUCAGGGGGUGAUGAGAUUCUCAUUCAUCAGUCAUAAAACAUUCCGAAAGAGGAAGUAGCGUGUUGUUGGAAAGAGCCUUUUUGUGCUCUCACAUCUGGGUUGUGCACGGAGGAGAGUGGCUCUCUUUUAAUCAGUCAAAUAAAUACACAGAAACCCACCAGUCUGACAGGGAUGCUCUUUCUUUAUAUAUAGAUGUGUGCAAGUCCCUUACGAAAAAAAAAUAAAAGCAGAGUAGCAGACCAGUUUCCUCUCCCGCCCUUGGGGACCAUAAAGCAACCCCACCAUAUAUAUCCCAGCUAAGUGAGUGUGAAAAGACGGACGCCUUAUUAAUUUUUACGAUUUUUAAUCCUGCUAGCCUCGAGAUAGAAAGAAGUUAUAAUUUUAAAUAUUGGCGUUAAACCCAUUUUAAGAGAAAUGUAUUAAUUUUGUGCAAUAUUGUAAUAAAAGCGCGAAUGUAAUAUAUCUGUGUAUUAUAAUUAUAAACGGAGGACAGCUUGCGUAAAUGUAUCUACAUGUCACACAAUGGGAAAUUAUACGUCGUAUGAUGUCUAACAUUACUAUUCCAUAUUUUAUCUCUGGUGUAAUAUGAUGGUGUUUUGUAAUAUUGCAGCACGUUGAGAAUAUUGAAUGACUCACGCACGUACCACAGACCGUUCCGAACACAAAACUGCCCCUCGCGACUAAUGGUGCGCCGACGGACACUCGAUUUCCUCCCGUUUCUCGCAUCCCCACAUGUACACGCUCCGACCAAAAAGCAGACAAUAGGAAUCAAAUCAAACAGACACAACUUCAUAUUAAUACUGCCAUUUUCUAAAAUUGCAUUUUGGACGAGUUUUGCCCUCAUGCGAAAAAUAAAUGUGAACCUUGUGUCUAACAAUUUUUCGGUAGAUUAUAUAGGAAAGGUAUGGAUUAUAAUAAAAAAAUAACUCUUAUCGCCACUUUAACAGAUAAUAAUCUUAUCAAGAUAUUCAAACUCAAUGACAUAUAGAUAAACUCAAUUUAAAGGUUCAAAAAUAAGUCAAAUCUACUUUAAAAAAAGAAGUGGGCAAAUAAUUUAUCAAUGAAAAAUGUACACAUACAAACAAAAUUAGAACUUGUUUGGUAAAUUUUUCUUCAACUUUUUUAUUUAAUUAUUUUUUAUUAAUAUAUGGUCUCCAUCAAUUAUAAUUAAGAGGUAUUGAGGACCAGAGAAUUAUAGGUUUUAUACGAAUUAAGAGUUUGGAAAAAAAAAUGAUUACAUUAUGAUAAGACUUUUAUUUUAUUUUAGGAAAAAACUAGAUUUGGAUUUAUAACAAAACUAAAUUUUAAUUUACAAAAAAAAGGAAAAAUGAAAUUAGCUUCAAAAGUCUUAUAAACUUCAAAUUUUUAUUCUCGAUCCAGGAGCAAAAUGGACUUGGUUAAAAAUUAAAAAGACAAAUAGAUAAAAAAAAAACCGGCCUACGCGCGUACUCAGCCCAUCACAUGUUGUUCUCUGCAAAAAGGCAGCUCUGGCGGUUUCGAGUUUCACCUACACUCUGCACCUUAUUAUGCAAAUGGGCUCGCUCUCAAAUUUCAUUCCGCGUGUCAAGCGAGAGUUUGCAUUUUCCCCCAACGGUCCGUGCUAAUCACCUGUUUAAAGUUGAAAACAAAGCGAAACGAAGCCUUUUUUAAUCAGCGCAGAGAGACCUAAAAAAAAAAUGCAUGCAGAUUUUGAAAUUUUGUGCUGCGCACUUACGGUGACCAUCACAAGGAUUGUGCCGGGGCCAUUAUUAUUUUCGACCACCCCUCUUGUUCUGUCGGAAAACCGGCCCCGGCACUGGUGCAAUUUAUUUAUUCAUGCCUCCCUAUUUUGCAUAGCUGCACUUGGUCUAAUAGCCUGCGUGUAAAUUUGUAAACCGAAAAUGCUCGGCGUAAAAUUUUCCUCCCUCUCCCUUUCUUCUUGCACUUUCUUGUAUAAAUUUGGGCAAUAAAAGAGAGCGAGUCAGUGCUGGAAAAGCAGGGGAAUUUUCUCUUCUCGUCGAACACGCAAUUUUCGCGCCCGCUGCUCUUCGACGGGUGGCCUGGAAUUUCGUCCCGAACGGCUCUUUUAUAUGGCAUUAUGGCUUUUGCGGUUUUUAUUAAAAAUGUUAUCAUGGUGGAACUCGUUGACGGGCGUGCCAUUUCGCGUUUAAUAACGAGAGACGGCAGAUUAUUUUCCAGGAGAUUUUGUGCUGAGUGCGCGCCGUUCUACUUGGCUUUUAUUCAGAUUAGCCCCUUUCUCGGAGCAGAAUUGUCCCUUUAAAUUGCUCUUAAACGGGAAAUGGUCCCCCCUCAGUCGGCAUAAUAAGCCAAACUUCAAUCUUCUCCAGGCAAACCAAAGCUGCCCUCAGAAAAAUCUAGAUUCAACUUUUUUUUACUUUUGUGGCUUGCAAUGUGCUAUUCUGCAUGUCCUCGCAAAAAAAUCAAAUUCUGUAUCCAAAUACUGUGUUCAUUUUUUGUAAAUUUCAUGAAAUGUCUGCAAUAUUAUACAAUGUAAAUAUGAACUCUAUCAAUGAACUGGUGAUUUAUGUAUAUGAAUAGUAAUUUUAUUAAUGAUUUCAUUGUUAAAAACUUUUCUCAAGUCAUUUGUUUCGUAUAUCUUUAAAACACUUGAAACUUGGAAUAAAAAAAUAUCUUAUUCUCGUCCCACCAAUACUCUAACAGUGUGAAAAAUGUACCAUAUAUUAUAUAAUUUGAAUGUUGUACGCCAACCAGCUGCAAUGUAUCAAAUUUACGAGUCAAAUAAAAGUGACGCUAUCUAGCAAAA